UGAGGACUAUAUAAGAAGAUAUAUUUGGUUUACUUGAACAAUAAACGGGCGCACCAUCAUGAUAUUAGCUUGAUUAAUAUCUUUUAUGAAAAUUUAUGACGCAAUAUUUGUUGUGACAACUAUUUUGGGAAUUCCCCUAUUGUUCUCGAUCAAAAAGUUCGUUGGUUAAAUUCCCGUGAAACCAUCCAGUCUUUGAAAUCGAGACUAACUUCAGAGAAACUGAAAGUAAAUUUCUUCCUCUCCACAAAGAAGACAGAAAAUGGCUGAAUGUAGAAGAAUGCUACAAGAACAUGAUGUCAAGCAGGAAGAUAUUAGUUUUGACGAAGAUUCGGAAUUUACCGGAUUAGAAAUGGACGAAGCAAUCGAGGAAGCAAUGCCGUCUUUGCCUAUUCCAAAAUCCGCUGCAUCUGAUGUCACUUCAGAUUCAGAUUCAAGCAGCGUAUACGAUAGUUCCUCUGAAUCAGGAAAUGAGACAAAUACAAUGUUAGAAACCAAAGGGAAGUACCAAACCAACACGGCCCUGUGUCUUCAACACGGUCUAGCUGAUCUCUACAUUAAUAAUCAGAUGUGCGAUCUUGAUGUGAAGGUCGACCGGAAGGUCUUUCAUUGCCAUCGCGUUGUUUUAUCGGCUGUGUCAAAUUAUUUCAGGACCAUGUUUGAAUCAGGAAUGAAGGAAGCCAACAGUAACAGCAUUACUUUGAACUCAAUCAGUUCCAUGUGUUUUAAGAGUAUCUUAGAUUUUUUGUAUUGUGGUUUUGAUAUUUUUAACAUGGACACUGUAGAGGAAGUCCUGGAAGCAUCAAUUCUUCUGCAGAUGAGGAACCUCGAGGAAGGGUGCAUCAAGUUCAUGGCGUCAAAUCUCGGCACAAACAAUUGUUUGGAUAUUUGGAAACUUUGUGAAAGACACAACUGUCGAGAUCUCGCUAAAAAGGCACGAAAUAUGGCAUUGGCACAGUUUGAAAAAGUAAUGACCGAUACUGAUCUGGUCCGUCUCGAACAAGACGUUCUAGUCAGCCUUCUUCAAGACCGAGACUUAAAGUUCAGCAGUGAAGAUGUAUUGUCAGACGCGAUUAUGACUUGGGUGGAAUCUGAUCCUGAAAACAGAUCCGGGUCCUUGAUGAUGUUAUUUAAAUACAUUUGUUUACCGGAAGUAAGUGGCGAAUUCCUUUAUAAGCGACUCUUGCACAAUGACCUUAUUAAAGACAACCCAAUAAUCAAACAAAAAGUGGAUGACGCACUCAUGUGUCACCUGAUACCAACCGAGAAGGAUAAUGUCAUGAUGAAGCAAACUACUUUACGCAGUCAAGGAAGAUAUCGACGAGUUUUGUUGGUAAUAGGCGGAAAUAUAACCGAAGAUGACAUCUUAAGGAAUGUCUCGUGUUGGGAUGAGGUGACGGAAUGCUGGUACAGUCUUCAAUCAGUGCCUCAUCAUAUUGGAGAAGACUUUGCAUCCUGCUUUUUGGAUAAUAAUAUAUAUCUCGCUGGUGGUUCGAGAGCACUUGAUCAAGCCGUCUGGUACAAUCCACAGGAAAAUGAUUGGCACUCGCUUCCGAAUUUAAAUCAUGGGAGAGAGGGACACUCAAUGAUAGCCGUUGAUAAAUGCAUCUACAUCCUUGGUGGUCGAAGUUUCAAACGAAAAACGACUAAUAAGCUUGUAGCAGAGAUUGAAAGGUAUCAUCCAGGCUCCGAAGCGUGGGGUAUUGUUGGCGAGCUUGCUCAACCGAUUGAAUUAUUUGCGGUGGGUUCAGUCGAUUCAAGAAUAUUUACAUAUGGUGGAUUUGAUGAGAACGGUCCCACCACAAAUAUUAACUGCUUUGAUAUAUCAACCAAAACCUGUUGCAUUAUUUUUACCAUGCCCAUUGUUGAACGUUGUCUCAAAUCAGUUCAGUUGCAACCAGACAAGGUACUGCUUGUAUCUGGAACUGGCAACGUUUCAGUGCACACCGGCGGUGAUACUUUCGAGACUUGCUUCAAGUUGCAAACUUUUAAUAGAGAGAGAUUUGGAUUGACGAUAGACGGUGAUAGUAUUACCGUCGUUGGGGGAAUCGGAGCAGGCGUGCGGUCGGAAAAGAUUGAAAAUCUCUGCAUCCAAAACAAAAGGUUAGUCUCAAGGGCGAAUCUUUAUAUUCCGAUGGAUGGUCUACAAGCCCACUCUGUUGUUUUGGCAACAGAGCACUUAUUGCAACACGGCAUGAGCAUCGGGGAACCCGAUUUCGUUGCUUUGAAUAUACCAGUAUCACCAAAAGCAGAUAUGAAGCCGAAGAGAGUUGUUAAACGAGUAUGAUCAAUUUGAUUCGCUGGAGUUGGAGAACAAUAGCAUAAUUAAAAAAAGGAAUACAGUUUUUAAUCAUUUCUUAGAACCGAUUGCUCUUCUGCUGGUAGACUCAAGCUACAGUCUGACUUACCUCGAUCGCCACAACCUAAAUUGUGUCAGUUGACUACGACGAAUUAAAGUCAUUUACCAUAUUCUUAGAAGUCUUUGUAACUAAUGUCCAGGGCUUGAAUUGGAUAUAGACGUUUCCACAUGAUGAAUAUUAUGUUUAUAUGAAUAUUAGCUCACUAUAUUCUAAAAAUAGAUAACAAUGAGAGACACAAAAUUAAAUAUUGCAUCCGUGGCGGUACCACAUCCAGGAAGUGUCGUUAGGAAUGAUAGUCCCGAAAUGACAUAUUUUGUGUUGAGUGGACGUUAAACCCCAUUUCUCUCUCUCCUUUAGGAACGAGUAGAAACACCAUUAACAUUAAACAAUGAAUUUCGAUAGACAAAAUAAAUAAAGUUGACCUAUUUAUUUAGACAAUGGGAGACUGUGUUGCAAAGUCAAAUGGUAUUGAUGUCACCACUAAUGUAUUCAUUAAUUAGGGUAGCUCAUUAACAGUAGAACCUAGAAUUCUAUGUCCACAGGGGGGGGUUGGAUGGCUGAAUGGUUAGCGUGCGCGCGCUGUAUCAUAAAGUCUGUCAUUGAGUCGACUGGCGUGGUUUCGAAUCCCCGGUUGUACGUGACAAGGAGUAUGGUCGCCUGUCCAACCUCGUGGGUUUUCUCCGGGUCCUCCCGUUUCCUCCCACUGCUAAAGACCCCUAUGCGCAAGCGAAUUAUUGAAAUAAAAUUAAACCAUAUGUUAGUCCCGAAAUGACCUAGUUUGUGUCGAGUGGACGUUAAACCCCAUUUCUCUCUCUCUCUCUCUCUCUCUCUCUCUCUCUAUGUCCACAUAUACAGUUGGUUAUUACAGUCGAAUUUGUCUCCAACAUUGGACUAAAUAAAUAUGCCCUUUAACUCAUUCUACAUUCGAUGUUAAAACGCACAACUAGAUGUGUUUGGAAGUCAGACCGUAGUAGAUUUAGUUUAGCAAAUUCAAGCUUUCUUUUAAUUAUUGGUAGUUCAUUUUGAUAGUUAAGAUUUGUUAUAAUUAUAACCUAGCCAUUUUAUAGUUUUCAUUCUUUAUUAAAAAUACAUUAUGGGAGAUUAGAUAAAGAGCUGACCGUUCUCACUAUAAUAGUUAAAAACUAGAUGAUGCAAAGGGAACUUGCUAAAAAUAUCAGUCAAAUUGCUCCACUCUGAACUCAGAAUUUAGCGAUUGAAUUUUAGUCCUAGCCUCGAUCAUCAUUACUAAAGUCGGGACGAUAAAAAAAACAUAGUCACGAUUAUCCAUUUUUUUUUACAUUUAAUCAUCAGUGAGCGUUGAGCAGCAGGUCAGAUUCUAAUCCAGUAGAUAUCACAGGCUAGCGACGAUAUCGGUAGUUGAUUAUGGUCUUGAUAAGUUAAUUAAUGUCUAAUUAAUAAUUAAGAUAACAUUUCAGGCCUUAAGAAAGAACUACAAUUGACAGAUUUAGCUCCUCCAUAAUGUAUGUUUAAUACCAUUUAUAAUAAUAUAUGUUUAAUUGUUAUCUCCUCAUUUAUAGUUUUCAUUCUUUAUUUGUUAAAAUUAUAGCGUCUUUUUUUGUUGAAUUCCAUUUAUAUAUUUAUUUGUCUUGUAUAGAUCCGAGGAAGACGUUGUCCGACAAACAAAUUAAUGCGCUCUUCAAUUUGAAUUAAAGUUCAAAACAAUUAAUUUGAAAUAUUCUGGUGCACAUUCUAGUUCAAAUUGAUAAGCUAUAACCUAGACAAUAGAGAUUUCUGGCAAGUGGAAAUUUCCCCAUCCGUAUCACGUAUCCGUAUCGUCAUGAUAUGGAUGUGUGAUACUUUGCGUCAAUGUAUUUUCAGAGUUUUGGCAGAUUUCGACUCGACAGCAAUUUUUGGUUUCAGAAAGUUUAUAAUCCUAUAUACCAUGGAAUCCCAUCAUUUACAGAUUUGCAAUGUCCCACCUCCCUAAAUUUAGCACGUAGAUCAACCAGCAUGUAGACAGACAAUCUUUGUCAUCGUUAAAAUCACAUCAAAUAUACACCUUGUUGUAGGAUACACAUAGAUUCAUAAAAACGCUAUGGCACAACAUUUCAGCGUCUAAAAGUGCUAAAAACCGAAAAGACGACGAUGUUAUACGGACAUUUUCCGUAUGAAAGUUAUUCGAUGCGUUCUGCCGUAUCCAUGUGGGGAAUCCCAUAUGAGAAAUACACACACAUUGAUGACGUCACACGCAUAAUCGAUACGGAUACGGACUAGGAAUUUACGCUCGCCAAAAGUCUCUAUUGUCCAAACAUAAUCCGUGACUCGGAUACUGAAGGAUAAACGUUACCGGUGCAGUAAUGGUCGAUCCCCAACUCUGUUUUGCAUUAAUGCUGGUAUAUGUAAGCCCAAUCUAUGUUGCCAAUUAGCUCCAUUAUUUAAUUAAUUUAUUAAUAAUCGUUUUAUAUUGUUUUAAUUGUUUUAGGUGUACAAGAAUGAUACAUCUGUAUUGUUUUCAAAUACGUUGCUAUGAGCAGCACGCCAUUUUAAUUAAAUAUGUUUCAGUA